GAGCAUGAGCGCCGGUGCCCAGACGCUCUACGAAGAUCGCGCCAAGACAAUCACCUUGGUUGGAGGGCUCACUGCUCUCGCAGUGGGGGUCUACAGCGCCCGCUCGGCGACGCGCGUGGCGGGCCGUGUUCUAGAGAGACAUCUCAGUCGGCCGCCUUUGGUGCGUGAGACUUCAAGGUGGUCCUGGCGGCCGCAGCUAUCCUGGCUACCCGGGCGUGGCACAAGCACCAACCUCUUCGACAAGAUCGUCUUGGAGGAGGCCCUGUCGGAGCGUCUUCAGUGGUCCACCAACGCACUGCUCAGUGCACAACAGAAUGGGACGCCCUUCCGCCAUCUGCUCCUUCACGGACCUCCCGGCACCGGGAAGACGCUCUUCGCACGGACGCUGGCAAGGCAGUCUGGCCUGGACUAUGCCAUCAUGUCAGGUGGCGACCUCGGUCCUCUCGGCCGCGAUGGCCCCAACGAGCUGCACAAGCUCUUCGAGUGGGCCCAGCGUUCGCGGAGAGGACUGGUCCUCUUCAUCGACGAGGCUGACUCGUUCCUUCGCCGCGGCCGUGGCGGAGAGGGCACUAUGGGCGAGGAUGCGAGGAACUCGCUGUCCGUCUUUUUGCAUCACACCGGCACCGAAAGCGCCCGUGUGGCCGUGAUUCUUGCAACGAAUGUUCCCACCGUCUUGGAUCGAGCCGUCCUCGACCGUGUGGACGAGGAGUUCGAAUUUCCGAGACCCGCUUUCGAGCAGCGGAAUCAGAUGCUCCGCCUCUUCAUCGAUCAGUAUCUGCUGCGGUCCUCGAAGGGCGGAAAGUCGCUGAUCGAAGUGGACGCUGCGCUGGACGACAAGUUUUGGGAGGACUGGGCCACUUGGGGUAUCUGCCCCGGCCCGCCCCACCCCUUUCCCGGUAAAGAACCAUCGAGCGUCCUUGAGCGAUGGAGAAGAGGUGCGACCUCAUUGCAUCAAAUGACUCGAAGGACGUUUGCCCGUGGCUCGAAUUUGUCUCUAGCUACGGGGGCAGUUGGCUAG